AUGUUUCAUUUACCUUCUGAAACUUGGUUGGAUAUAUUUAAAUUUAUUGACUACAAUGGAUUAUGUAAUUUAUGCUUAACAGAACGCUUCUUUUCUAAAUUAAUUGAUCGACAUAAAAAUGAAUUGGCACUUAAAGAAUUUUAUAGUUUUGAACUUGACCGUGUUGGACAUGAUUAUAGAAAUUUGUGGGAAAAAGCGAAGGAUAUAGAUAAAGAUAUGGAAUCUAAAUUAGGACGUGGGUUUUUUUGGGGAUUUGAACCUGACGAGAAAUUAACUAAAAAGUGGAAUACAGCAUUAUCUGAAAAUAUUCCAAUGUUUUUACCAGAUAUAUUUACACGAUCAAUAAAAGCAGAAUAUGUUAUUGUUAUUACUAAAAAGGAAAGAGAUCCAUAUAAUCAACGACUUCGUUUAACUCUUCCACAUUUUCCUCACAAAAUAUUUGAAUUAGUAUUUAUUCGUUAUUGGCUAAAACAAUUAUCAUUUUGUUCAUUUAAAUCUUCAUUUAAUUAUUGUGACUGUUAUUUUGCUAUUUUUAAUCCAAAAAUGUUAAAAUUAAUUUUUGAAGAAAAUAAUUCUUCUUUAAAUUUUUAUACAAAAAUUGCUGGCCUACAUAUUGCCAAAAAUGAUUUUGAAUUUAAUAAACAAGCUAUUGAAUUUAUAUCAAAACAUUUAAUUGUAACAAAAUGUUUAUAUUUAUGUAUUGGAAAUAAUUUUAAAGAAGAUAUUAUUAAAUUUAUUUUAAAUUUUGGAAAGAAAAUAAAUAAAAUAUCUUUUUGUAAUGAUUAUAUUAAUAAUGCACAUUCGGCUUUAAUUGAUAUAAUUAUUGAGGUAAUAAUUAGUAAUUAA